AUGGCUGGCAAUUCGGGAGGUCAUGGCAAUCAUCCAAUCCACAUGCAUCCAGUCCGGCCUUUAUACCGAUAUUCUGCAACCUUGUUAGGCGCCUCGAUGUGGUUCUUCCUUAUGUACCGUGCAAAGAAAGAUGGGCCAGUACUGUUAGGAUGGAGGCACCCGUGGGAUCAUUGA